UAUUUUGUAUAGUAAAUAAACAACAUAAGAUAAAUUCCAUGUUACAGAAUGAGCGAGUCAAAGGCGCAGGAUGUGAUUGAGCAGGUCGAAGACUGCACGUUGCCUGCUGAUAAUAAACUGGCGAUUGGAAAGCUAGAUGCAAAGACACUGAAACAAAUUACCGAAAGUUGCCGAGAAUGCCCCGAAAAUGUUUAUACGCCUUUGGAGCCGCGUACUCUCGAUGAAAUGGGUUUCAUAUUUGAUGAAUCUAUCAAAUGUCAUCUUAUAUGCAAUCAGGAAACUCUGAAGGCUGCUAUUGCCAAAGUUGUGGAAGAUCGCAUUUACACCGAUGUCCAGGUGAAAGUGCAUGGUCACAUUUUCGAUUGCCAUUUGGCAGUGCUGCAGGUGUCCACGGAAUACUUUAAGCAGUUCAGCUCAACGAACCUAAUAGUUCUCAACGUGCCGGAGGUAACGAAAAUUGGCUUUGAGAAGGCCUAUGAAUGGAUGACCAAGCAGGACGCAAGCCCCUCACGCGAAGGGAUUGUGGACUUAUAUCUGGCAGCGCGCUUUUUGCAAAUGCCUCCACUGAUUAAUCAGCUGUGGUAUUGCUUCGAAAAUGUCGAGUUCUUCCGCGAAGGAGAGGCCUUCAAGCUAUAUCUACAGGCAGUACCCCAUGAUACGAGCACAUUGCAAUCCCUGCUGCUGACCCGAAUCAGCCGCUUCUUUUUAUCUGCAGUGGCGACAGUGGAGUACCUGAAGCUGAAACCGGAGCAAAUCUAUGACAUGCUCAAGACGAGCAUUAUCAGCGUCAACUCUGAGAUGGAGGUCUUUAUGAGCGCCUUUCGCUGGAUGAUGUACGACUGGGAGGCUCGGAAAGCACAUACCGAGCUGCUAAUGAGAGCCGUAAGAUUCAAUCUGAUGCCAGCCUGGUAUAUACUCUCCCUGAAAACAAAGCAAACGCUGCCAGAACUAAAGGAACUGCUAGACAAUCCCGUAGUGCAGUCUGCGAUCAAUGUGGGACUAUCGUAUACGGUGACACAACAUUUCAUGAAUUCCGAUUCCGGAUUGCAGGAACCAUUGCAAAUGCAGCAAGCACAGCAGCGUGAAUGGAUCAUCGAUGAUAUCGCGCCCCAUCAUCAUCUGUACAAGUGUCCCAAUUGGCAGUAUUUGAACUAUGAGCUCUUCAAUAUCUAUCUCGAGCAGGUCAUCACUGCAGGCCCGCACUUUUACAAAACCCUAAAGGCUUACAAGCCCUCGAAUUUGAUGCCCUGCUGCCAGGCGGUGCUUCAAAAUUCCAAAUAUAUAUCGGAUAUAUAAUUUUCUCUUAAAUUUCACAAAUCGAUUCGCCAAAUCUCAUUUGCUUGGGGGACUCUAUGGGUAGCUGCUUUGUGUGAGCGCUGCAGGUCAAAAACACACCCUGGGGUGCUAUUUAAUUGCUACAAAUAAAAUUAGUAGCCCGAGCAACUGCUGGGGCCGCCCUUCGAGCUUUGGUAUCACAUUCGCAUUUAGCGUUUCCAAUUAGCUCAAUGGCAGCCAUUUGCUGAAUUAAUAGUUAACGCUUAUGAACUAAACGUCGCGACCUCGCAUUGUGUGUGCGUCUGGGUGUGUGGCUGUGUGUGUGUGGCUGUGUAUGUGUACAUUGAACUUAUUUAUGUUUGCCAAACGUCAGAAAUACAAAUACAGUCCCAACACUUUAAUAAUUGUGUAUGCAGGCGGUAAUCAAGAACACGAAAAAAAUUAAAUAAACAUCGAAG